CAGACCCCUUCCCCUCCCUCUGGCGCUCUCUCAAGCCCCGUGGCCCGAGUCUCCGGAUCCCGCUUUGUUGGGAAGGUGUUCCUAAACACGCGGGUGAUUCUGAACGCGAUCGCUCACACCGCUCCGUGGAACGCGGCUGCCGAAAAAUAUGCGCACUGUCUCUUUAAGAUCCCUUCACUGGUCCGCUUCGUAUUGAUCAAUCCACCAUUUUCCAGCGCACAGCACUCAGCGGCGGCGGCGGCGGCGGAGAGAGAAAGCCCUACCUGGAGACGCCAGGCAGGACCGGGGCAGUCAUGGCAGCCAACAUGUACCGGGUCGGAGAUUAUGUUUAUUUUGAAAACUCCUCCAGUAACCCACUGCUGAUCAGGCGAAUAGAGGAACUCAACAAGACGGCGAAUGGGAAUGUGGAGGCCAAAGUGGUGUGUUUCUACCGACGCAGAGACAUCUCUACAACGCUCAUCGCCCUCGCUGAUAAACAUGCACGAGAAAUGGAAGAGGAGAUGGAGAACCCCGAAAUGGUGGAUCUCCCAGAGAAACAGAAGCAUCAGCUGAGACACAGAGAGCUCUUCCUCUCCAGACAGCUGGAGUCUCUGCCCGCGACACACAUCAGGGGGAAAUGCUGUGUUACACUUCUGAAUGAGACGGAGGCCCUCAAGUCCUAUUUAGACAGAGAGGAUGCCUUUUUCUACUCAUUGGUAUACGACCCUCAGCAGAAGACUCUGCUGGCUGAUAAGGGAGAGAUCAGAGUGGGAAAUAAGUACCAGGCUGACAUCACUGACCUCCUCAAAGAGGGAGAGGAUGAUGGUCGGGAGCUGGAAAAACUGGAGGAGAAGGUGUGGGAUCCUAGCCACCCCCUCACCGAGAAACAGAUCGACCAGUUCCUCGUCGUGGCUCGGUCUGUGGGUACGUUUGCGCGGGCUUUAGACUGCAGCAGUUCAGUUCGGCAGCCCAGUCUGCACAUGAGCGCUGCGGCAGCCUCCAGAGACAUCACACUGUUUCACGCCAUGGACACGUUGCAUAAGAAUGGCUACGACAUGACGCGGGCCAUUGCGGCGCUGGUACCCCAGGGUGGUCCGGUGCUCUGCCGGGAUGAAAUGGAGGAAUGGAGCGCAUCCGAAGCCAACCUGUUUGAGGAAGCGCUUGAGAAAUACGGCAAGGACUUCACUGACAUCCAACAAGACUUUCUUCCUUGGAAGUCUCUGACCAGCAUCAUUGAGUAUUACUACAUGUGGAAGACCACAGACAGAUACGUUCAGCAGAAACGAUUAAAAGCAGCCGAGGCUGAGAGCAAGUUGAAGCAGGUUUAUAUCCCAAACUAUAACAAGCCCAACCCUAACCAGUUGAGCAUGAAUAGUGUGAAGCCAGGGCUCGUGAAUGGAGCAGGGGUGCUUCCAGGAGCACCAGGCCAGCCCGUCGGAUUGGGCAGAGCAUGCGAGAGCUGUUACACCACUAGCUCGUAUCAGUGGUACUCAUGGGGGCCGCCCAACAUGCAGUGCCGACUGUGUGCCUCCUGCUGGACUUACUGGAAAAAGUACGGAGGUCUGAAGAUGCCAACCAGACUGGAUGGAGAGAGGCCCGGACCCAACCGCAACAUGAGUCCUCACGGUCUGCCCAUGAGACACAGCGGAAGCCCAAAGUUUGCUGUUAAGACCAGACAGGCUUUCUACCUGCACACGUCUCAGCUGACGAAAGCUGCUCGACGCGUCUGCCAGGACCUGUUGAGAUCCAGAUAUUUGGCCAGACACCCGUACAUGCCUGUCAACACUGCCGCUAUCAAAGCAGAGUGUGCGGUUAGGUUGCCAGAUAUGUCCAAAAAGCCUCCAUCUCUAAAGCAGACAGUAAGGAAGCCUUUAGAGUCAGUGGUCAGAUAUCUGGAGGCCCACCCCUGCCCACCUAAAUCAGAUCCUCCACGAGGAGCCACCAUUUCCAUGGGCAGCCUGACACCCAUCAAAUCCACGCCCAUCCUCAACAACGGCUCCCCAACCAUCCUGGGCAAACGCAGCUACGAGCAGCACAACGGUUUGGAUGGACUGCCCUUCAGAGGCUACAGAAGAUACUUACAUGUUUCCCAGAAGAUAAAAUGUGUGUCAGGGUCCAAACCCAAAGUUCUGGCUCCUCAGUGGGAAAUAAUGGCCAAGAGGGUGUCUGAACCAGGCCGAACUCCCUCUGGCCUGCAGGAUGAGGUUCAUGAGCUGGACUGACCUCUGCUUUGACAACUGACUGCUACACUCUGGCCAGAUGAGCAGGUGACUCGAGAGAUUUUUUCAGCUCUCAGUGACGGAUGGACCUAAGAAAGGAUCUGCGGUCAGAAAGCCCUGUCCAGGCGGCCCAUUUUUUACAGCUGAAGCCAUUGAAAUGACUGCAAAGCCCUGACGUCUCCAUGGGUUAAAACAGCCUGUGGCCAAUCACAGGACUGAUCUGAUUGUAUAGGACUGAUUAUUAUUAUUUACCAUCGGCUGUUACUUCUGUCAUUGUAAUUAUUAUAAUUAUUACAAUUAUUAUUACUGUUCUUUUUUUAUCAAGUAUAACCAUUUUCUUUUUAAUGACUUGAGAAAAUGUAAGAAUCUUGAACGUUUCUUGAAACGACUUGCUCCCAAACCAUAAUGUAAAGGUGGGACAAACUGUCAUUUUUGUCUCUUGCGUUGUUUUGUAACAUGACAGCUCCGCGCCGACGUGAAGGACUCUAUGACGUUUCUCUUCGUUUGGAUGCUUGUAUUCUCCGGUUCUGUUAGUCCGUCCUGCCACAGUGGUUUAAAUUAUUCAGAAAGACAACGGAACGUUCUUUUUCUACCUUUUUCACGAGUAUUGCAACUGCUCCUAUAUGUAAUUUCUCUUUUGUGAAUAUGUAAAUGAAAACAGGAGGGAGGCGUUAUUGUACAGUGGUGCAUUUUGGGCCUUUGGUGGUUAUCAAAGCUUGUUGUAAUGGAUUUGCCAUGCACAGCGUAUUCUUUGAAAUGUCUUUUUGUAAGGAAACCUCCUCAGCUCUCUCCUGCAUAUACGGAGAGAUGAUGGGAACUCUGAAAAGGUACUACCCCAUUAAUACAAUGAUGCACCUUCUUGAAAAUGAGCUUGUAUGGGAGUGUGGUGUUUAAGUUAUUCCUCACGUAUGCGCUCAGCAAAUAACUGAGUGCUUCAGGCCAGGGAUAUGUGAUACAACCCAGUUUACUCUGCAGUUGGCUUAUCAAAUAUUGAUAUCUUUAGGCCAACGCAGAGCUUUGCACGCUCAUCACACAUUUUCCUUUCCUUUUUUUUUUUUUUAAAUAUUAAAAUGACAAGGAUGUAUACACAUACAACAGACUGUGGUUGUAAACAUUUUUGGAAAAUCUCGAAAAGUAAUGUAUAAUUUGACACUUGCAACCAAAGAUGCUGAGCUUAGCAGUGUAAAGGAUGUAUUUUUGGGGAAUGAUAUUUUUAUAGACGCGUUUUCAUGAACUGCCAUCAUAUCUAAAGCAGAAAAGGUAGAAUAUAGGCUAAUUUCAUUCCUUACAAAACACACAUCAAUUUGGAGUCACUUGUGGUGGAAAAAAAUUACACAACGGAUAUCAGGCGAACUACAUUUUAAUGUUUUUCAUUUGUUAUUAAAGGGAUAUUUAAUCCAAAAAUAAAAAGCUGUCGUUUACUCACCCUCAUGUUGUUCCAAACCUGUAUAACCUGUAUUUUUUCUGUGGAGUAUAAAAGAUAUUUUAAGAAACAUUUCAGCGUUUUUUGUCCAUACAAUGCAAGUCAAUGGUACCAAACAUUUGUUUACCAACGUUCUUUAAAAUAUCCUCUAUUGAUUCACUGAAAUAUUCAAGUCAUACGGGUUUGGUACGACAUAAUUAAAUGAUGACAGAACGUUGAUUUUUGGGUGAACUGUCCCGUUAAGUGAGGUUAUAUUUUCUAGAAAAGAUUAUGGUCCUGCAGCCACAGGGUUUUAUGUUUAUAGCUGUAAGUAAAGUCCAGGAUUUUAACAUAAGACACCCCAUACUUAACGUGUUAAUUAAAAUUAAUUGUGAUAUUGA